AUGAGCAUCUUGGCUGAGGAACAGCCAGUAUGGCUGGAUUGUAGAGUUCAUAAAGGGAAGUUAUGUUCUAGUGCUGGCAGCAGUCAGAGCUUCUGGCACGCGCGCAGGCGCGUGCGGUUCGGGUUUAGGCUGAAUCUCCGGGCAAAAGCUGCCGGAACUAUGGUCCCCAUUGGAUUCGGCUUCCAAGUCUCCUUGAGUCUCAAAAGCCCUACAGAUAGCCGUGAGCCUCCCAUCAGCAGCGAAAACCCUCGUGCCCCCGUGAAGAAGCGCAAAAGCCCACGGUACCAGAGGCAGCAGCCUCUGCAGCUCCGUCGGCUCCCGCGUCGGCUCCCGCGUCCCUUCUCCGGCGACUCAGGCGUGUGCGAUCUGUUCGAAUCCCCCAGCUCUGGCUCCGGCUCCGGCUCCGGCUCGGACUCCGGCUCCAGUUCCGGCUCGGACUCCAGCUCUGGCUCCGGCUCCGGCUCCGGCUCCCGCUCCGGCUCCCGUUCUUGCUACGGCUCUGGUUCGAAUGAUACUCACAGCCCAGACCCGGGAGACAGGCGCGGCAGAGAGUCUGCCUACUUCGGACUGCUGAACAGCCCACUGGACCUGCAGAUCUUCCGCGAUUACGGACAGAGCUGCUACGCCUUCCGCAAGGGGCUGGAGAGCCAGUUCCAUCCACGCGAGUCCCUGGCGCAACAACCCCAAGUGACAGCAGAAUCCCGUUGUAAACUGCUCAGCUGGUUGAUCCCUGUGCACCGACAAUUCGGCUUCACCUUCGAGUCGCUGUGCCUGGCAGUGAACAUCCUAGACCGCUUCCUCACCACCACCCCAGUGGCUGCGGACUGCUUCCAGCUUCUGGGAGUCACCUCCCUGCUCAUCGCUUGCAAGCAGAUAGAGGUGCAUCCACCUCGAGUGAAGCAGCUUUUGUCCCUGUGCGGGGAUGCUUUCACCCGCCAGCAGCUCUGCAACCUGGAGUGUAUUGUGCUGUACAAGCUACACUUCAGCCUCGAGGCUCCCACCAUCGCCUUCUUCUUGGAGCACUUCACCCAAGAGCGGGUGGCUUCCGGGGAGGCAGAGCUCAAUGACGCUGCCGAUGCCCAUGCCUUGGCCAAGGGGAUGGCACAGCUGAGCCUGGCCGAUUACGCCUUCACCAGGUAUACCCCUUCCCUCCUGGCCAUCUGCUGUCUGGGGCUGGCUGACCACAUACUCAAACUCCGAAAACUUCUGGACCUGCGCAUAAACAAUUACCCUGCAGCAGAGCUGCAGGACUGCCUGGGGAAGCUGCAGCUACUGGUGUCUUUGAAUAGAGACGCUUUGCCCCAUAUCUUGCCCCCGCACCUAUCAGAGAAAUGCCUAUUUCCCGGGAUAGAGUUAAAACUAGCGAGCCCACCCACGGUGUCCGGCUCUCCUCCCUCCUCCAGAAAAGCCGAGCAGUAG